GUUCAGCAACAGGUUCACCCAAACCUUUCGGCAAAAGAAGAUUCCCUCUAUUACAUUGAAGAGUUGAUACUUCAGCUGCUAAACAAACUAUGCAUUGCUCAGCCACGGACUGUCCAAGAUGUAGAGGAGCGCGUUCAAAAGACGUUUCCUCAUCCGAUAGACAAGUGGGCGAUCGCCGAUGCGCAGUCUGCCAUAGAGAAAAGAAAAAGAAGAAACCCACUCCUGCUACCUGUGGACAAAAUACACCCUUUAUUAAAGGAGGUUCUAGGUUAUAAGGUAGAUUACCAUGUCUCUCUGUAUAUUGUGGCUGUCUUAGAAUACAUCUCAGCUGACAUUUUAAAGCUGGCUGGCAACUAUGUUUUCAAUAUACGACACUUUGAGAUCUCCCAGCAGGACAUUAAAGUAUCCAUGUGUGCUGAUAAGGUUUUGAUGGAUAUGUUUGAUCAAGAUGACAUUGGUUUGGUUUCUCUCUGCGAAGACGAGCCCUCUUCUUCUGGGGAGCUCAACUACUACGACCUAGUGAGAAACGAAAUUGCGGAAGAAAGGCAGUAUCUGCGGGAGCUGAAUCUGAUAAUAAAAGUAUUUCGGGAAGCUUUCCUAUCAAACAGAAAAUUGUUCACACCUAAUGAUAUCGAUGUGAUAUUUAGCAACAUUUCAGAUAUUCAUGAGCUGACAGUGAAGCUUUUAGGAUUGAUUGAGGAUACUGUUGAAAUGACUGACGAAAGUAGUCCUCAUCCUCUGGCUGGCAGCUGCUUUGAAGAUCUUGCAGAGGAGCAAGCGUUUGAUCCAUAUGAAACUUUGUCCCAGGAUAUUCUCUCUCCACAAUUUCAUGAGCAUUUUAAUAACUUGAUGGCAAAACCUGCCGUUGCUCUCCACUUCCAGUCCACCGCUGAAGGGUUUAAAGAAGCUGUGCGAUACGUCCUCCCACGACUCAUGCUUAUCCCAGUCUAUCAUUGUUUGCACUACUUUGAGUUACUACAG